GAUAAACAUUUGUUGUUUCCAGUUUGGGGCUCCUACUAAUGAAGCCAUGAUGAACAUUCAUGUAGAAGCCUAUGUGUGGAUGUGUUUUCAGUUCCCUUAUAUCAUACUGAGGAGUGGGAUGACUGGCUAUAGUGCUUUUCAGAGUUUCAUAGAAGUUUCCAGGGCCGGCUUCUGUGAUGUCAGCCCCCGGAGGAAGUCAAGUCCGUAAGAUGAGGCUCUCCAGCUUUGUACGAAAGGUGCCGCUGGAGGUGCCGUCCCCAACAGAGCAGGACUGGCCUCAGGACGAUGAAAAGGAUUUUGCCUUCAAAGAUUCAGGACAGGAGCUGGAAUCCCUGCCUCAGCCUUACCGAAUGAUCAACAAGAUGGUGAACCUUCUGUUUGACCAGGCUUGGGAAGUGAUCAUGAAGAGGGAUGCGCUGAGGGAAGCGGAGCACAGCCGGGUCCAGCCCACCAUCUACCGUCCGCUUGUAGAAAGCAAGCUCAACAAAAUGCCAAAUUGUAUGGCUGUUUCCCAAGACUAUGUGUUCAUUGGAGGAGCCAAAGGGUUCUCCAUCUAUAAUCUGUACGAUGCUAAACGACUGUAUAUUUGGGAGAAACUUAAGGUUGAUGUCACUUCCAUCUGGGCCGCAGAUUUGGGGAGUGAAAUACUUAUUGCUCCUGUGGAUGAAACGGGUAUCGCUAGACUGUUUUAUUUUUGUAAGGAUGGUCUUUUCCUAAUCAAAGCCAUCAACGAAGUGGACGAUACCAGCAAGCAAACCACCUGUCUGAAGAUGGAGAUCUCCCACGGAGGGGACUUCACAGCCUUCCUCCUACAAGGAACUGGAGAUAUUUGGCUGGAUGUGUACAUAUUGCCCAAGGAGUCUUGGCUCAAGGAAGUGGAGCACCCCCAACUUGCUAUAAAUCCAAAGAAGAAAGUCAGACAGUUGCAACUGAAUACUCCUGAUUCUGUGACUUCAGAUAAUUUGGAAAUGGAUAUAAACAUUUGUUUUAGAGGAGACAUUAAGUUGAGUCUGCCAGUUCACAUAAUGAAGAUCAAACCACCCAAACCAGUUACAGGUACCACAUUUAAAAGCCCCCUGGAAGUCUUUGCAAAGAUAGAGGACUGCUACGGGCUGGGCUCAGGGCAGAACCACUUCAUCAAGGACACUCAGUGGGAGCAGCAGGAGGCCAUCUUCAAGGCCUUGUUCAAGAAGUACCUGGACGGAGAGUGCGGGGAGGAGCAGCUCAGUAUGGCCACGUUCCACUUCCUCCUUCCUGGCCGCGUCACCACCGUGCCAGCGGACGUCAAGAGCCCCUCGGGGGUAGCCUGUGUCCUUGGCAUACACUGGACUGGAAACCACAACUUCUUCCUCUAUUCACUUAACCGAACUCUGAAGGAUAAAGCCGACCCGGAGGGCGUGUGGCCCUGUGCUGCACCCAUUGCUGUCUCUCAGCUCAGCUGCUGCUGUUCCUACCUGGUGCUGGCCUGCGAGGAUGGCGUGCUCACGCUGUGGGACCUGGCAGAAGGUUUCCCUCUUGGGGUCAUCGCUCUUCCCAAGGGAUGUUCCUGCCAGAGUGUUCACUUCCUCAAAUACUACUUAGUCCACCAGGGACAGAACGUGUAUCCUGAGGGGCCCUUGAAAUCCCACAUGAAAUGUGUGGUGCUGUGCACAGAUUCUUCUGUCCAUCUGGUGACAGCCAGGGGGACCCAAGAACCCACCAUCAGUGUGCUGGUUGAGAGGCCGGUAAAGUACCUGGACGAAGCCAUCUGUGCAGUGGCCCCAGUCCCAGCCUUACCUGGCAUGGUGCUGACCUUUUCCAGGAAUGGCUCUGUGCAGCUCAUGGACGUGGCCAAGCCCCAGAUCAUCUGUGCCUUUGCUCCACCCAGAACCUACCAUCUGGCAGUGCCCUGGACGCCUAUGUUUGUCGUGUCUUUGCACCGCCCGUGUUUCCUGCUCCGAGGAGACCAUCCUGACGAAAUUGAAUCCGACGACGCCAAGGACAUCCAGAAUUCUAUUUUCUGUUUUAAUCUUGAGGCCUACCCGCUCCUGGAAAACAUCUGCAACCUUUGCACCAUUCCUCAAGCGGACAUGACCGAUAGCAUGGCCUUCGCCCAGGUGCUGCCCUUGGAGAAAAGAUGCGAGAGUUUCCUCCAGGAGAGGUUCCAGAAGCUGGAGAAGAAGGUGAAAGAGGAGGAGCACUGGACCCGGCUUCGCAGCUACUCCCUGCUUCUCCAGAGAGAGACCUCCAGGAAGUGACUGGGCUCUCUGCAAGGUUGGCGGCAGGCAGGCUUCGCCUCAGGACGCUCCGAGGCCAAGAGACAAGGUGACAGAGGCCCCCAGGGGCCUAGACGGGCAGUCUGGGACCUCAGCAAGGGGAGAGGGAUGAUCUGGGGAGCCUCCAACCCUAGGCCGCUUGUCAGAGCCCUCGGGUGGGCAGAUGUCACCCCAAUAAACAGUGCUAUUGUUUCCAGA